ACCCUUUUUAUUUCUAGUAGUUUCACUUACAUAUAAGACUAGAAUUCUUAACCCUUAGUAAUUAACAUCUAGUGAAAACUAGGAGGUAGGCAAUGGUGAACUGUUUGUCACAUACAACAUUCUGUAGUAGGUGAGCAAACACUAACAAUGAAAAAGAUAAUCCACAAAAUUAACUGGGAAGUGAAUUUACUGCCACUGAAAUGCAAACAGUAGAACAUGCUUUAAAAUGGAGACAAAGUACAUUUAAAAUCUUCAAGAGAUAAAUGAAAGACUAAGAAAAGAAAUUAUAAAACAAGUGGGCACAUAUGAGUCAAGAACAGAUGGAUAGGAAACACAACCAAUUAGCAACCCUGAAAAAGGAAACUAGUCACUGCAGUAACUCAGUAGAGGAUGUUAAUGCCAGCUGGCCUCAGCCAAAGAGAGAAUGAAUGAGCCAGACAGCAGGACUGAGGAAUUCACCCAGGAAGUGGAGCACAGAGAUAAAAGGAAAAAAAGACAGAAAAGAGAAGAGAGCUGGAGGACAUAUGAGAGAUUGAAAGACUCCAGCUGUAGUAGCAGUCCUAGGAAAGAGAAUAAAGGAAAUGGUGGAGAAGUGAGCACAUAGGGUAGGGGGUGCCUGGAGGAAAAGAACCAGAUGCAGCUUUUUGACAGAAGAGAAGCCAUUUUAGCCUAAGCCAUUUUGGGAUCUAAGCCUGGCCACCAUGCUAGCCCUUGAACAGGUCUCCGUUAUUAAUGAUCUUAAGGGAACAAAAGGAGGUGGGAACAAAUGACUGUCAUCAAGCAAGAGAAGUAAAAAGAGUGAAGAUAAUAAAUCAGUUGUAAAGACUCCUAGUUCUGUUUCAGUGAUAAAGAUUAGCCUGAAGGCUCAACCCCGAGACCAACUGGAACCUCAGGGGUGAUAAUGUUGACCUUUUCUGACCCUCGUGACCUCAGUCAACUAAAACUUGGACUCUGGUGACCUUUGCCCCAAUUCUAUGCUGAAGCCCCUUCAUGAAUAUGCAUAUUCCCUUAGCUGAAAAGUUUCCCAAUUUGCUGUUUGGAGGGACACCGCUUUGGGAAAUAUCCCUGAUGCUCUCCUUACUCGCUGCGAGUGAUAAGUCCUUCCUUCUCCCACUCUUUGUCUUGGUUGUGUCUUUUGGCUCGACACCCACCAAGAGGUGAACCCAGUUUUCAGGUAACAGUGAUAUUAGAGAAUUACUAAGCAUUUUACAGAAUAAAAAAGACAGAAAUGCGUGUUCAGUUUGAAAACAGACAGUGAUGAUGGAGCAAAAUGUGUAAAUAUGUCAGUCAGACCCAUCACAGUGAAGUUGAGGACGUCAAGGGACAAGAGCAAGCCUGCAAUCACUCAGGGAGGAAGGGGGGCGGCAGUUGGCGAGGAUGCUGUGAAUUGUGAGGUGCAGGCUGUGGACUCCGUGGGAUGCAGAGGGGUUCCCUGUGAGCCUGGAGCAGCUGGCAUGGCUUUGCUGAUGAAGAGCUGGGAGGCUGGAGAGGAGCAAAGGACUCCCGGCAGGCAGAUCAGUGAACAGAGGUCCACAUGGGGAUUUUGGGGGGACUGCCAGGAGGGAAAAGUCUGCCCAAAUUUGACAUUCACUUUUUCUGUUAUUCAGGUUUACAGCUGGAAUAGUUUUAUUAGACAGAUUCUGCAUUUUCUACACAGCGUUGAAGUAGAACUAGUUACAUUAGUGAAAAUCAACUACUCUUGGUGUCCUUCAAGACUAUGCAUGUAAUUAUUCAGUAAAUACUGGCUGGACCUGGUCUUGUUCUGUGACAGGCACAGCUUAGGCUCUUGGGGACCUGGGACAUAGGAAGACCAAGUCCCAGUUGUCAUGCGGCUCAGGUUCAAGUGAGUCAGACGAUAAUUAUUAAGAAAGCAAAUAAGAGAAUAUUAGUGGCAAGAGACUAACAGAGUGUACUGGGUCAGAUAGUGGCCCCAAAUCCAUGUCCUCCUGGAACCUCAGAAUGUGACCUUGCUUGGAGGGAGGACCUUUGCAGAUGUAAUUAGUUAAAAUCAGGUCCUACUGUGUGGGGUGGUCCCCAAAGCCACUGCCUAGUCCUUCUUAGAAGAGGCAGGGAUACACCUAGGAGACGGGCACAGGUGGCAGGGAUGCGGCUACGAGCCAAGGAACACGAGGAUUGCCAGCCACGCCCCCCCCCCCCCCCACGAGGGAAGAGCAGGAAGGACCCUCCCCUGGAGCCUUCAGAGAGGGUGUGGCCCUGCUGACACCUUGAGUUCUAACUCCAGAACUGUGAGCCUUUGAACUCCUGUUGUCCUAAGCCACCCAGCCCCGUGGCACUUGGUUCCGGCAGCUACAGGAGCCUAGUCCACAGAGAUUGAAAAGUUCCUGCCCUGUCCUUGAAAUGGCCCUCGUUCUUGACUUUUCACGUGUUGAACUUUCGUCCCCAACUGCACAGUAGCCCGUGGCACUGAUUCAGGAGGAGGCCAAGCCUGGAAUUCUUCCUUCCCUUUAUCGCUGGGACCUUGCUUCCCAGUGGUGAAGGUCAUAAAGCCCCAUGUUUUGAAAUCAAAACAAGUUUGUGCUGUGAACUUCAGCUUUAGAAGAUAAGAUUUAAAGGAGUAUCUAGGUAAAAAGCAGACGUGUUCUCUGGUGACAGCUCCGUUUGGACCAGUCCUGCCAGAACCCUGUCCUCCUCUCCCGCCCCGCUGAGGCGCCUCUGCUCCUCCCUGGUCACCCUCCUGCGGCUCUAAGUCUGGGUCUCCCUGCCUCUCGGGUCCCACUGACCUCAGCCCCACCAUCCCGUUCCCCUACUCCCUCAUUCUGCCGCCGGAACGCCCCGAGUUCACCUCUUGUGCCCUGAGAUCAUUCAGUCACUCCUACAGGUAUUUUAGAUUUAUUCUGUUAGCACUCUUAUGCAAAAAUCCCUCAAAAGAGAUUUAGAAGAAGGAAAAGGGGGCGGCGGCUGUGGUGUAGCCUCAGCCAGGAGCUCUGAAGAUCUCAGGUUCACCCUAGGUUUGGGCUCCAGGCCGGGCCCCGCACCACUGACGCUCGGGAUGGACACCCUCCCCUCUCGGAGCGGGAGCCCUGGGUUCCAGGUGCGGGAUCAGAGCCACAGGCUCGCCUCUGAGGAGUUCACCGUCCAGCUCUAAGCGGCGACAGCACUCUCACCGUUUCAGACCCUGUGCCCCGACUCGGUGGGCGUGGCUGCCUGUCUGCGGGAGAAACAGCAGAGGGGUCUCUGGCGAGUUCAGUCCCUCCUCUGCUGCACGUAUUUGUCUCUGUGCUGCCCAUGUUUCCAGAAGACAGAGGCUCCAGAGGCAGUGAGCCCCGGCGGUCCCUCAGGCUGAUGUCAGGAGAGGCCCAGGUCCCUGGCCAGACGGGAAGAGGUGGCCUCGCUCACUGGCAGGCCAGCUUCCUGGUCCCCGCAGCCUGUGCAGGCGGCCGGCUCCCCACUGGCAAAGACCACAGGCGGUGGAGAAACACGCACGCCCCCACCGUCAGGAGCCGGGUCUUCGGAUGGAGCAUUCCGGAGCCCCGGGCCUCGAAGGGCCGGCCGCUGUGGGAACUGACCUCGGGCCCUUCCUGGCGGCACGUGAUGGUGCUUUGUGCCCGUUUCAGAGCCUGUGCCCCCUGCCCGCAGCGGGCCGUCGGCCAUCGAGAGGGCCAGAGCCUGUUCUCAGCUCCACGUGCGCCCCAGGCUAGCGCCCGGGGCCUCCUCCGUCCCCGCUUCUGGUGACCUCUGCCCUCCGCGGCCCUGCCGAGCCUGUGCUGGCGUCCCAGCCGCCUGUGUGCGGCGUGCGGGUCACCUCUGGGUCUGGGAGUGAGGCUCGGCCACUGACCUCUCCUCUCUGGGGUCAGACUCGCGCGGCAGACCCCACGAGAGGAUGGUAGACACGCUGCAGUUCUUGGGACGUUCUGGGGCGUUCCGCUCCUUGAAACUGCCUCCUUGGCCCUGGCGUGAGUCCAGGCUAUCCUCUGAAAGCCACGCCCUCACCAGCCUGCAGGACUGGUUAACCUCAGCGGGAACCGCUGGGCUCAGUUCAGAGCCAGCGAGGGAAUGAACACAAGCUGGAAAAGCCUGUGUUUCAGUUUGGAAUUUUUGUUUUUAAUCCUCUCGUGGUGAGAUAAACGAGGCUAACAGAGCAUUUUUCCUGUGUUAUAAAAUUCAUCAAAGCAGACACCGGCAGAGCGACCUCUGUAAAGGUCACACCGAACUCUAAAGGACUUGGCAUCAUCUCUCCUUGCUUUCCUGUUGCUGCUGGACGGAGGCAUGUUCUCACCGUCCUCCCCGCCCACCGGGCUGCUAGAGAAGGUCUUCCAAUACAUCGAUCUCCAUCAGGAUGAAUUUGUACAGACGCUGAAGGAGUGGGUGGCGGUCGAGAGCGACUCGGUCCAGCCCGUGCUGCACCUCCGACGAGAGCUGCUCAGAAUGACAGGCCUGGCUGCAGACCGGCUCCGGAACCUGGGAGCCCACGUGGACUUGGUGGACGCAGGUUUUCAGCAGCUGCCUGAUGGUCAGAGCCUCCCGAUACCUCCCAUCAUCCUGGCCGAACUGGGGAAUGAUCCCAAGAAGCCCACCGUGUGCUUCUACGGCCACUUGGACGUGCAGCCUGCCAGACAGGAGGAUGGGUGGGUCACGGACCCUCACACGCUGACGGAGGUGGAUGGAAAACUGUAUGGCCGAGGAACGACAGACAACAAAGGCCCUGUUUUAGCGUGGAUCAACGCUGUGAGCACAUUCAGAGCCCUGGACGAGGAUCUGCCCGUGAACGUCAAAUUUGUUAUCGAGGGGAUGGAGGAGGCUGGUUCUCUUGCCCUGGAGGAACUUGUCCAGAAAGAGAAGGCCGGGUUCUUCUCAAGUGUAGACUACAUCGUGAUUUCAGACAAUCUGUGGAUCAGCCGGAGGACGCCCGCGCUCACGUGUGGGACGCGAGGGAACAGCUACUUCAUGGUGGAGGUGAAGUGCAGAGAUCAGGAUUUCCACUCGGGGACCUUUGGUGGGAUCCUUAACGAACCCAUGGCGGAUCUGGUCGCUCUUCUUGGCAGCCUGGUGGACUCUUCUGGUCGAAUUCUGAUCCCUGGAAUCUAUGACCACGUGGCUCCUGUUACAGAGGAGGAAAAGAGAACAUACGAAGCCAUCGAUCUGGACCUCGAGGAGUACCGGAACAGCAGCCAGGUUAAGAAAUUUCUGUUUGACACCAAGGAGGAACUUCUGAUGCACCUGUGGAGAUACCCAUCUCUUUCUAUUCAUGGGAUCGAGGGCGCGUUUCAUGAGCCUGGAGCCAAAACAGUCAUCCCUGGCCGAGUGAUAGGAAAAUUUUCAAUCCGUCUGGUCCCUCACAUGAAUAUAUCUGUGGUGGAGAAGCAGGUGAAGCAGCAUCUUGACUAUAUAUUCUCCAAAAGAAAUAGCUCCAACCAGAUGACUGUAUCUAUGACGCUAGGACUACACCCGUGGGUUGCAAAUAUCAGAGAUAAUCAGUAUCUUGCGGCAAAAAGAGCCAUCAAAACAGUGUUUGGGACAGAGCCAGACAUGAUCCGAGAUGGAUCAACCAUACCCAUUGCCAAAAUAUUCCAGGAUACCAUCCAGAAGAGUGUGAUGAUGCUCCCGCUGGGCGCUGUGGAUGAUGGAGAGCACUCUCAGAAAGAGAAAAUCAACAGGUGGAAUUACAUAGAGGGAUCCAAAUUAUUUGCUGCCUUUUUCCUAGAGAUGGCUAAGCUGCAUUAAUCAUGGUAGGAAUCUUCCAGCCUAGGCCUGACCUACUGACAGAUCCCCUUUCACACAACCCUGGGCAGGAACAAAAUCUAACUAUUCAGAGGAAUUUGGUCCCCAAAAUAAUGUUUUCCCU